AAAUGGCGGAAUACAGUGAUAGUGGUGGAGGUGGAGGUCCCAAUGAUGGACUUUCACCAUGCAAUAUAUGUGGACGAACAUUUAUGCCAGAGAGUUUGGCUCGCCAUGAAAAGAUUUGUGCGAAAAAUGCUUCCAAAUCCAGGAAAGUGUUUGUAUCUGGCAAACAGCGUGCCGCGGGCUCGGACAUACCCAUGGAUAAAAUUGUCAAACCUGGAGAAGUGCCUUCUCAUGAGUCUCCAGCUUCCAAGUCAGGAAAAAAUAUGGGUGGACCUAAAAAGAGCAACUGGCGAGCACAGCACCAGGAGUUUGUCAAAAACAUCAGGAAUGCCAGGGGGGUACAAAGGGCCUUAGAGACUGGUGCUCCACUUCCUCCUCCACCAGCACCCUCUAUUAACCCAGACUAUGUGCAAUGCCCACACUGCAGUCGCAGGUUCAAUGAAAGCGCGGCGGAGAGACACAUGCCUUUCUGCAAGGAACAACACGAGCGCAUUGGAAACACUAAAAAACCUGGAGUCGCAGAAGCCAGGGCAAAGGUGCUCACCCGGACACAGUACAAAGUGCCCAAGCCAAAACAGAAGUCGGGUGCAGUAGCCCCCACCACACGCAGCAUGAUAACCCCUCCUGACAGAGAAGGCACCGCAUACGCAAGUCCUGCUGGGAAACCCCCCGCCAGCCGGCCUACAGCCACACGAUCUGCUGCAGCUCCUCACCCACCUUCCACUGGUAGAACUACAACAGGGUCUCGCUCAACUUACGACCCUGAUGCUGCUGAGGCUAGACUAAGACAACAGUUAAACAGGGGCAAGACCAAAGACACACAGAACAAGGGUCUUACUAAUGAGGGAGUCACCCUCAGAACAGGAAGAAGUGCCAAAGAUUAUGCCGAAGCGCAAGCUUACGGGGAGACUGCUCGCGUGCAACGUCAACGCAGUGCAGGAAGUGCCGGUAGCACUGGUCGUGGAGGCCGAUACGAACAGUCGCCUACUUUUCAGAGCCGCAGCACUGAAGACAGGGUUCUCAUGAAUGGCCAUUCUCCUUCCCCUCCGACCUCCUCCAGACCAAACUCUGGACGGAGAAGAAUCAUGGCACAGCACGCUGACAGUGGAUACAGCGGCAGUAUCAGUGAUGGCGAGACCACAAAACUGUCCAAGUACUGCCACGAAUGCGGCACAAAGUAUCCAGUCGAGUCCGCAAAGUUUUGCUGCGAGUGCGGUGUAAGGCGGGUGAAAACCACCUAUUAGACAAUUUCAUUUUUUAAAUUUUUUUAUUGUAUGUUUUAGUCAGCAUUGUGGGGAUUUGAAAAAAGAUUAUUGUUUUGAACUUAUAAAAAUUAUGAAUUCUUAUAAUCUGCUUUAAUGCAAGGAAAUUGAAAAUUUAUAGUUUUGGAUUAUCUAUGUUUAAUAACAAUGAAAUCCUGCCAUUUUUAUUAAUAAUUUUUUGGUAUUUAUUUUUGAAAUAUUAAAUAUUCAUUACACACAAGGACGGCAAGAAAAAAUAUGCUAGAACUUGUUAGAGUGAUAUCAUUGUUUCAUAUUACUGUUGGUGCGACUAAAAAAAUCUGGUCAAUAUUUUCAGUAUGGCACACUGGUUUGGUCUUGAGGCAUUUCAGAUAAAGUUUAGAAAAAAAAAAACACCUUUAUGUUUAGUACCUACAUCACAGAAAAGUUAUCUCUAUUUUUUACUUUAAGAACCAUUAAAAUUAGUUAAUAAGAUUUAUCAACCUCAUUAGAAUAUUAUUGUUAUUUUAUUUAUUUUUUUAUAUAUUUACCUAAUUCUUUCUUGUGGCACAUAAAAAUUAUAGUUACAAAAUCAGAAAACCUAAUAAGCUGUAAUGAAUUGUCCUUGAAAUGUGGAUAGAUUUAUAUAUAUACAAACAAAAUUUUUUGAUAUGUUGGUUCAAGGCGAGAGACAUCAUCAAGUGGAUAGUGGUAGUUUGUUUGUAUGUUACACUUUUUGAGAUAUAUACUUUCAUAUAUCAUGCGUGGUGGCAAAAUAUUAGAUCAGAAUCUGGUACAUGGUUAGUUUUCCUACAGUAUUCAACUGGUCAGUUUUAAUUAUAAAACUUUAUUUCAUGGCAGUGAGGGUAGGGUGCAUAUCUGGAUAAAAUAAUUAUUUUAUUACGACAAUUUAUAAAAAUGUCUGUAAUGGCAGGUAUAAUGGAAUGGCAAUUGGUUAUGAAAUAUACCAAAAAUUGGUAAAAUAUAUUGAGGGGAUGGAAAUAUUAGAACCUUCAGCCUUCUCUUGUCCUGCUCAUGGUCAUUUACUGUCUACAAUUUUGCACAUUUGUAAAAAUAAUAUGUCUUUUAUAUUCAUAACUAGAACCCAGUUUGGCUGUGAGAUAAAUAUCCAGGUGGAGGCUGGCAAAAGUAACCAGGUGGGGAUUGGGAUUGGUUUUAUUUAAUAGACACUGGAGAGAACUUGUAGAACAUAUUCUCUCAUUGUGGUAUUUUUAUGGCCAACAGGGUGGACUGAAAUGACUCCAAUUCAAGCUGGUGGGCACUCAUGGCACCUCUCAUUGUAGUGUUUUCUGGACAAUAAGGUAGGUGAGAACACCUUGAUGUCCAGGUGGAGGCUGUCAAACAACCAGAUGGGGAUUGGGAUACGUCCAAUAGACACUGGUGAGCACUCAUGGCCUCCUGUUAUAGUUUUCUGGACAAUAAAUUAGGUCAAAUAAGCUUGAUGUUUAGGUGGAGGGUGUCAAACAACCAGAUGGGAAUUGGAAUGGGUCCAAUAGAAACUGGUGAGCACUCAUGGCACCUCCUGUUAUAGUGUUUUCUGGACAACAAGGUAGGUCAGAACACCUUGAUUUCCAGGUGGAGGGUGUCAAACAACCAGAUGGGGAUUGGAUUGUGUUCAAUAGAUACUGGUGAGCACUCAUGACACCUUACAUUGUAGUGUUUUCUGGACAACAAGGUAGGUCAGAACACCUUGAUGUCCAGGUGGAGGGUGUCAAACAACAAGAUGGGGAUUGGGAUGGAUCUAAUAGAUACUGGUAAGCACUCAUGGCACCUUCUGUUGUAGUUUUUUGGUCAACAAGGUAGGUCAGAACACCUUGAUGUCCAGGUGGAGGGUGUCAAACAACCAGAUGGGGAUUGGGAUGGAUCUAAUACAAACUGGUGAGCACUCAUGGCACCUCCUGUUGUAGUGUUUUCUGGACACCAAGGUAGGUCUGAACACCUUGAUGUCCAGAUGGAGGGUGUCAAACAACCAGAUGGGGAUUGGGAUGGGUUCAAUAGAAACUGGUGAGCGCUCAUGGCACCUUCUGUUGUAGUGUUUUCUGGACAACAAGGUAGGUCAGAACACCUUGAUGUCCAGGUGGAGGGUGUCAAACAACCAGAUGGGGAUUGGGAUGGGUCCAAUAGAAACUGGUGAGCACUCAUGGCACCUUACAUUGUAGUGUUUUCUGGACAACAAGGUAGGUCAGAACACCUUGAUGUCCAGGUGGAGGGUGUCAAACAACCAGAUGGGGAUUGGGAUGGGUCCAAUAGAAACUGGUGAGCACUCAUGGCACCUUACAUUGUAGUGUUUUCUGGACAACAAGGUAGGUCAGAACACCUUGAUGUCCAGGUGGAGGGUGUCAAACAACCAGAUGGGGAUUGGGAUGGGAGCAAUAGAAACUGGUGAGCACUCAUGACACCUCACAUUGUAGUGUUUUCUGGUCUGCAAGGUAGUUCAGUACACCUUGUUUUCCAGGUGUAGGGUGUCAAACAACCAGAUGGGGAUUGGGAUUGGUCCAAUAGAAACUGGUGAGCACUCAUGACACCUCUCAUUGUAGUGUUUUCUGGACAACAAGGUAGGUCAGAACACCUUGAUGUCCAGGUGGAGGGUGUCAAACAACCAGAUGGGGAUUGGGAUGGAUCUAAUAGAAACUGGUGAGCACUCAGGGCACCUCCUGUUGUAGUGUUUUCUGGACAACAAGGUAGGUCAGAACAUCUUGAUGUCCAGGUGGAGGGUGUCAAACAACCAGAUGGGGAUUGGGAUGGGUUCAAUACAAACUGGUGAGCACUCAUGGCACCUUACAUUGUAGUGUUUUCUGGACAAUAAGGUAGGUCAGAAUACCUUGAUGUCCAGGUAGAGGGUGUCAAACAACCAGAUGGGGAUUGGGAUGGGUUCAAUACAAACUGGUGAGCACUCAUGGCACCUUACAUUUUAGUGUUUUCUGGACAACAAGGUAGGUCAGAACACCUUGAUGUCCAGAUGGAGGGUGUCAAACAACCAGAUGGGGAUUGGGAUGGGAACAAUAAAAACUGGUGAGCACUCAUGACACCUCUCAUUGUAGUGUUUUCUGGACAAUAAGGUAGGUCAGAACACCUUGAUGUCCAGGUGGAGGGUGUCAAACAACCAGAUGGGGAUUGGGAUGGGUCCAAUGAUGGGGAUUGGGAUGGGUCCAAUAGGAAUUGGUGAGCACUCAUGGCACCUUCUGUUGUAGUGUUUUCUGGACAACAAGGUAAGUCACAACACCUUGAUGUCCAGGUGGAGGGUGUUAAUAUUCAGGAGGGUUAGAUAUGGGUGCAAUAGAAACUGUUUUUCCAUUCAUUCAUUUAUAACCUAUCAAAACUGCCUUUCUCUUCAGUUGCUCAAUACAAUUUUCCUUCCAUCUUUGACCAAUCAUGUUUGCAUUUCCAUCUGUGAACACAAUUGGUCACAAGUACCUUAUUAUCAAUGACAUACCACAAUUGCCUUUUAUCCAUAUCUGAUCACAGUUUGCUUAUCUGUAACCAGUCACAGUGAACCUGCAUGUGAUCAGUCACAAUUUGCCUUAUCCUAUGUGACCAAUUACAAUGAGUUAUAUCUGUGUCCAAUCAUAAUCACUUUUAUCUUUGACCAAUCAGAGUUGCCUUUCCAUCUGAAACCAAGCUAAACUAUAUUGCCUUGCUUUAUGUGACCAAUCACAGUGGGUUUUCCAUAUUUUACUGUUCACAGAUGCCUUUCCUUCUGUUCAUUUAUAAUCACAUUCCUAGCCAUGUCAGGAGUUUCUUACUUGCUUUUCUUUGAAAUUGGAAAAGACAUUAAAACUUCUCAGGUAGACAGUAAUAGAGGCCAGAGGGCAAGAGGUCAGAGGUUAAGUGUUUUAUUUAUUUCAAUUAGACUCUCCAGAACAAGUGACAUCUGUCAUUCCAUCCUGUAUAUGUUACACAAUGCCCACCGAUCUGCCAGUUUUUUUUUCUUUUUUUUUUUUUUUGUUUUUUU